CUGCCCCGGCGGUGGCAACGGCCGCGGGGACUCGGAGCUGAGAGGAGCUGCUGCUCGGAUCAGCGCGGUUAUAUUUCACACUAUGUGCUGACUGUAUUUACAGAAGAUAUUUAAAAAAAAAAGAUAAACUUUUUUUCAAAGAUUUUGAUUCCAGUGGAAUCUUUGCUUUAGAUUUUGUGUGUGUGUGUGUGUGUGUGUGUGUGUGUGUGUGUUAGUGAAUUGUAACUCCAGAAGCAAUGCCUGUACAAGCUCCACAAUGGACGGAUUUCCUCUCCUGCCCAAUUUGCACUCAGACUUUUGAUGAAACAAUUCGAAAGCCCAUCAGUUUGGGUUGUGGCCAUACUGUCUGCAAGAUGUGCCUGAAUAAACUCCACCGCAAGGCUUGUCCAUUUGACCAGACCACUAUUAAUACAGACAUUGAACUCCUCCCAGUCAACUCGGCAUUGCUACAGCUAGUGGGUGCUCAGGUCCCUGAGCAGCAGCCCAUUACUUUGUGUAGUGGAGUUGAAGAUACAAAGCAUUAUGAGGAAGCCAAGAAAUGUGUUGAAGAAUUAGCACUGUACCUGAAACCACUCAGCAGUGCUAGAGGAGUGGGUCUGAAUAGCACUACUCAGAGUGUUCUCAGUCGCCCAAUGCAGAGGAAGCUGGUGACUCUGGUCCACUGCCAACUUGUGGAAGAAGAAGGCAGGAUUCGUGCCAUGAGGGCAGCUCGAUCUUUAGGUGAACGAACAGUUACAGAACUCAUUCUCCAGCACCAGAAUCCUCAGCAACUCUCUUCCAAUCUUUGGGCAGCAGUCAGGGCUAGGGGCUGCCAGUUCCUUGGACCAGCAAUGCAGGAGGAAGCUCUAAAGCUGGUUCUCCUCGCCUUAGAAGAUGGUUCUGCUUUGUCAAGAAAAGUAUUAGUUCUCUUUGUGGUGCAAAGAUUGGAGCCACGAUUUCCUCAAGCAUCUAAAACUAGCAUUGGUCAUGUUGUCCAACUUCUUUAUAGAGCCUCCUGCUUCAAGGUCACCAAACGUGAUGAAGACUCUUCUUUGAUGCAGCUGAAAGAAGAAUUUAGAACCUAUGAAGCUCUGCGUCGAGAACAUGACUCCCAGAUAGUGCAGAUUGCUAUGGAAGCAGGCUUACGAAUUGCACCUGACCAGUGGUCCUCUUUGCUUUAUGGAGACCAGUCUCACAAAUCUCAUAUGCAGUCUAUUAUUGACAAGUUGCAGACCCCAGCCUCUUUUGCACAAAGUGUCCAGGAACUAACAAUUGCUCUCCAGCGGACUGGAGAUCCAGCAAACUUGAAUCGACUAAGACCUCAUUUGGAGCUAUUAGCAAACAUUGAUCCUAGUCCAGAUGCUCCUCCUCCUACUUGGGAACAGCUAGAAAAUGGGCUGGUUGCUGUGCGUACAGUGGUACAUGGCCUGGUUGAUUAUAUCCAGAAUCACAGCAAAAAAGGAGCAGAUCAACAGCAGCCUCCACAGCAUAGCAAAUAUAAAACAUACAUGUGUCGAGACAUGAAGCAGAGAGGAGGAUGUCCUCGUGGGGCCAGCUGUACAUUUGCACACUCACAGGAGGAACUGGAAAAAUUUCGUAAAAUGAACAAACGCCUGGUUCCCAGAAGACCCCUGAGUGCCUCUUUGGGUCAACUUAAUGAGGUGGGCCUGCCUUCAGCAGCUAUCCUUCCAGACGAAGCUGCAGUGGAUCUGCCUAGCAGAAAACCCCCUGCUCUGCCAAAUGGAAUUGUAUCAGCAGGGAAUACAGUGACACAGCUGAUUCCACGAGGGACAGACCCUAGCUACGAUUCUAGUCUGAAACCAGGAAAGAUAGAUCACCUGAGCAGUAGUGCCCCUGGAUCCCCUCCUGACCUGCUAGAAUCUGUCCCUAAGAGUAUUUCCGCCCUGCCUGUGAAUCCACAUCCUGUACCUCCAAGAGGGCCAGCAGACCUGCCCCCUAUACCUGUCACCAAACCACUUCAGAUGGUACCACGAGGUUCUCAGAUAUAUCCAGCACAGCAGGCAGAUGUUUAUUACCAAGAUCCCAGAGGAGCUGCUCCACCAUUUGAACCAGCACCUUAUCAGCAGGGUAUGUACUACCCUCCACCACCACAGUGUGUGUCCCGAUUUGUCCGACCUCCACCAUCUGCUCCUGAACCUGGUCCUCCCUACUUGGAUCAUUAUCCACCCUACCUCCCAGAUCGUGUAGUAAAUUCUCAAUAUGGCACACAGCCACAACAGUACCCACCUAUGUAUCCACCACACUAUGACGGCCGUCGAGUAUACCCUGCUCAGUCUUACACGAGAGAGGAGAUUUUCCGAGAAAGUCCUGUACCCAUUGAGAUUCCACCUGCAGCAGUACCAUCCUAUGUACCAGAAUCCAGAGAAAGAUACCAACAGAUGGAGGGUUACUAUCCUGUGGCUCCUCACCCAGCUCAGAUCAGACCUUCGUACACCAGAGAACCUCCCUAUAGCCGGCUUCCUCCUCCUCCCCAGCCCCAUCCUAGUCUAGAUGAGCUACAUCGAAGACGAAAGGAAAUAAUGGCACAACUAGAGGAAAGGAAGGUUAUCUCUCCACCUCCUUUUGCACCUUCACCCACAUUGCCUCCUGCCUUCCAUCAAGAGGAAUUUUUGGAUGAAGACUUGAAGGUAGCUGGGAAAUACAAAGGAAAUGAUUAUAGCCAGUACUCACCCUGGUCAUGUGACACCAUCGGCUCCUACAUUGGAACCAAAGAUGCAAAACCCAAAGAUGUUGUGGCAGCAGGGAGUGUGGAAAUGAUGAAUGUGGAGAGUAAGGGAAUGAGAGAACAGCGAUUGGACCUUCAGAGAAGAGCAGCAGAAACCAGUGAUGAUGACCUCAUCCCAUUUGGAGACCGACCAACAGUAUCUCGGUUUGGUGCCAUUUCUCGAACUUCCAAAACAAUGUAUCAGAGUGCUGGCCCAAUGCAGGCUAUGGCACCUCAGGGAGCUCCCACAAAGUCUAUUAACAUUUCAGAUUACAGUCCCUAUGGAACCCACGGUGGCUGGGGAGGUUCUCCAUAUUCACCUCAUCAAAACAUACCUUCUCAGGGACACUUCAGUGAGAGGGAGAGAAUAUCUAUGUCAGAAGUGGCCAGUCGUGGAAAACCCCUUCCAUCUGCUGAGAGGGAACAGCUACGACUAGAAUUACAGCAACUAAACCAUCAAAUUAGCCAACAGACCCAGCUACGUGGACUAGAGGCUGUUAGUAACAGGCUGGUGUUGCAGAGGGAGGCGAACACCCUGGCAAGCCAGUCACAGCCCCCACCACCACCUCCAAAAUGGCCUGGAAUGAUCUCAAGUGAGCAGUUGAGCUUGGAAUUGCACCAGGUGGAAAGGGAAAUCGGGAAGAGAACCCGAGAACUGAGUAUGGAGAACCAGUGUUCUCUGGACAUGAAAAGCAAAUUGAAUACAAGUAAGCAAGCAGAAAAUGGACAACCAGAACCACAAAGUAAAGUUCCAGCUGAGGACCUUACAUUGACAUUCAGUGAUGUGCCGAAUGGAUCAGCCUUGACACAAGAGAAUAUCAGCCUCCUAUCAAACAAGACCAGCUCUCUGAACCUGUCAGAGGACCCCGAGGGAGGAGGGGACAAUAAUGACUCCCAGAGAUCAGGAGUUACACCCAGUUCUGCUCCCUAAAAUAUGAGGAGUCCUACUUUUAUCUUCUGCUCCUAACCAAUUUGUGGGGCAUAGGGGUAGGAAAACGGAUAAUUUCUAAACCUUUUCUCUGAGGAUGGUCAGAGAAAUCCAGGAAAAGCACCGGAGGCAAUGUGCACAAACACCACUACUAAAAACAAACCCUGCACAUAGUUCACAUUAAUGCAUUUUUAAUUUAAGAAAAAGAAAAUUAGCAGUAUCUGCAAGCAAUUCAGAUUAAAUUUGUUUUUGUUCUGUGAAUGAACUUUAUUUUAAUAACUUUGGACGCCUUGGAUCCAGGGCUUUAAAAAAAAGAUAUUAUAUAUACACUCUGUUUGAUUAAUUGUAUGAUCUUAAUGAAGUAGGUUUUUCUUGUAUUUUGGUAUUAUUACAUACCCAGUGUCUAAUUCCUUACCUCGAAUCCUUUCCAACUCUUAUAACUCCGUAAAUUACAGUAGACAAAAAGCACCGGCCUUUUCUGAGAAUUCUAUGGUGCUUGAGAAACAGACAGUAAUAGACUAGUUAUUAGAAAAUGUGCAGCAAACCAACAUUUCAGAAGAGCUGUUAUUUGGAAGCCAUACUUUGCUUUCCUUUUCUGGGUCAGUAGCUUCAUGUGUAGGUAGGUUUUUCACAUGGCAUUAAAACUUUUUCUUUUGUUCAGGAGGGCUUUAUUUCUUUUUGAAAACUUCAUUUCUGUAUUACAGACCCUUUCUCUUAAUGCAGUCAGAAAUCUGAGCCAGUUUUUAGAUUGCUUAAUUAGAUUUAAAUGAAGAUUGUUUUGAGGAUGAACUGUAAUUUAUUAGCACUGAAAAUAUCUGCUUGGUUUAUUACCUGUAUUUAGCUGAUGGUUGUAUAUUGAGAGCUGUGCUUUUCCAAAAUGAACUUUUACUGAAAUCAUACAAAAAACCAAGACAGUUGACUAUGUUACUUAAAAUGAGCAGAGCCACAUUAUUUCAAUGGAUGCUUUUGUUUUACUCUCAAAAACCAAAAGUAUAAAAUUCCUAUAUACUGGAGCCCUUGGCUUUCAGAAAGAUUUGGCAAAUACAAACUGCCUGGAUCUUAAAGAUAGUUUACUAAUUGAUCAGUUGUUGCUGUUUAGAAUCACUAGCACAAGUAGGUAGUAACUACCUAGAAGUGAGUUUUUGUAAUCUUGGCUUUACAGUAUUGAAAAGAUUCUUCAUGAAAAUGUUGAAAAUAAUAAGGAAGACGUUCUGCUGCACAUAUUCUAAUGCCGCAUGUCUAUACUGAACUAAGACCAUAUAAAACGUGUUUAGUGGGGAUUAUUUGAUACAGUCACCCUCCCUAUCCCUAUGUUUCCCUAAUUUUUAAAAAACUUCCCUCUGGAUUAUACUGCUAAAACAGAAAGCACUGGUUAUGUAAUAAGUUACUGCAUUGCUUUGGUUGGGUAAAAGCAAGAAGUUUGUAUUUUUCUUGUUUCUUAUUUUCUUAACCCUUAACUCCUGCUGAGGUCAUAAAUAACAACCUCAGUCUAAGCUUUGUGUCCAUCAUACUGUUAAAUGAAACAAAGGGUGGGGGGUGUAAUACAGUCCUGCCAUUGCCUACCAGUAGGAGAGUCCAAACAGAACACUCUUUUGAGUAGCAAUUAUUUAAUUUGCCCAGUCAAGGCACCGUGUUUAUAUACUAUUUCACAUUGAAUUUGAUUAUGCCCUACAGACCUGGCUGGUCAAGGAUUUGAUAUACACAUAUUGGCUUGGGAUUCGAGCUUUCUUUUUUAUUUAAAUAAAAAUUUAUAUAUAUUAUAUAUAUACAGAUAUACAUAGCUAUAUCUGUAUAUAUAUUGGGUAUGUUUUAUGGAUUUUUUCGCGAGCGCAGCUGUUGCAAUAAAAUGACUGAUUGGGAGGUAGAAGCACUGAAUGAAGAUGAGGCAUUUUAUCAGUUGAUAUCCAUAUUUUCAUUUUUUUUUAAAUACACUUGCUUGUUUGCCUUUUUUGUUUGUUUUCUUUGUGUGUGUGCUUAAUAUAACCCCCUUACAUUUAAUCUUUAAGUGCUUAUUGUUUUUGGGGGGAGAAGGAGAGAAACUUUUUUAUGUCUUGACAGAGUCCCAAGGUUUUCCGUUUCUCUUUAUAACCGUAAAAGGCAACAUUCUUGGCCUCUAACCUUCUGUAGGCAGAUUUGGGCAGAUCUUAUUUCUCCUUUAGCUAAUUCCUAAAUUUUAGAAGCAGUUUUGGUUCAACUUUGAGCUCAAAAUGAUCUGGUAUUGCAAAGGAAUUUAUAGGUAUUGAUUUUGUUGAUGUUUGGAAUAAAAGUAAAAUUCCAUUUUGAGUAUCUAAUGAAACUCCUAAUAACUCAUUAAAUUGUUAUUCUUGCUUAUUUCUGUCGAAUACACUCAUUUUUGCUUUCACCAUUUUGAUUUUGUAAGCUGGGCAGGAACAGGAGUUAACUUCCAUAGUAUCCCUAGUCCGAAUAAAACCAGAGAAGCUACUGUUUUGAAUUGACUUUAAAUAGUCUCUUUCUCUUUUUAAGUUGUUUUCAUGGACUGGGGAUUGGGCCGGCGUGGGGGGGCAAUCUCUUAAAUUGUAGCCUUAAUUUUAGCUAUACCUCUCUAAGGCCCCACACUCUAGAGGAAAUCUGGGUGGGUAGAAAGGUAGAAGAAGGGUAUAUGGCCCCGUUGUGCCUGUAAGUUACCUAUUUUAAAUUGGUUAUUCAGCCUUACCUCAUGGGAAUUCGUACAACUUUUCUAAUGCUCACAGUUUUAGGAAUUCAAUAAAACAUUUAAAUUUUGGUUGGGGAGAUUAUUUUUGUUUUGUUUUUUUUCCCUUUUCUCUGUGAUAGACCUUUUGGUAUGAUGUGCCUAUGAGGGUAAAUGGCCUAUUUGAGCAAAACUGAUUGAGUCUUUACCGCUUUUUGUUUAAAAUCUGUGAUUUUUCUGGCUUUUUAAAUUUAUUCCUUUAGAGACAGUUAAAAGAUGAAACCAAAUAGGAAAUAACAGUUUUUAUGCUUUCUGUUUUUUCAAAUAUUAAUUUCUUCUGAAGAUUGACUGUUUACUUUUCACUGAAUUCAAAAGCAUGACUCAGACAUCUCAGAUAAACAUGAAUAGUUCUGAGAAGGCUAAGGUAGAAGUAAUAAACAUUGUGUUCAGUCUUACUUGGAUAACAAAACCAGAAUUUUUUUACACCUAGGAAUAUGAAAGAACUUUGUCUGUUUCUUGCUUCAAGGGGUCUCUGGAAAAGGGUGGAACUGAGAAUUAGAUAUGUAGAUUCAAUUUACUGACCUACAUGUAGUUCUUUUGCCUUACUUGUAGAGACUGUCCUAAGUUUAAUACCUGCCAUGUCUCUAGUAAUUUACAGAGGCUGAAGUGACCAAAGAUCCAUUCCGUAUUACUUUUCUAAUCAAAAGAGAAGUUAGUUAUGUUUCUAGUAACUAGAACUAUUAUUAUUCAAAUAAGACGACACUUUCUAAUGCCAGCUACAAAAUAUUCAAACUACUCAGAAUAUAUAAAUUUUAUUUGGUACAGCAUUAAAUGUGGUUGAUUCCCUUCUCCCAUCUUAUUUCCCUUCCUUCCUCCUAGUCUUGCUCAUGGUUUUUUGUUUUGUUUUGGGUUUUUUGGUUUUCUGCUUAAAAGACAUAAAAGUGAUAUGACUCUCAGUUGCUACCCUGAAUAUGUAACUCCAUCAGACUUUUCAUAGGUCUUCAAGAUUGGAGUUCAAAGUUUGUUUUUUAGGCCCUUCUCUAUCUUGCAAAUUCCCCUUGAUUUACCCACUGCCCUCCCCAAUCUGCAACAGUGACAGUUUGCUGCCUCAAAACAGAGCAUUCAGAUGAAUUCGCUUAGCCAAUAACUUCUGUGAAGUUGCCUUUUCUAAUGGUGUUAUUACUCAGUGAUGCACAAAUGUGGUAUUUGCCCUACUGGUAGGCAAACAAAGGUCUGGUUAGGAAUGGAAACCUGCCGUUUUCUUUAAAGGAGAGCCAAAGACUUGUGCUUUACUCUGUUUUGGUUUGGGAGGAAAUAGUAGCCAUUUUGAUUGUGAAACCUUUUAGUGUUUGUGUUGAUUGUACUGUGUAAGUAGAUGUAUCUCAAGUUAACUGUCAAAGUUAGCUGGCCUUAUAAAAUGUAAAAGUAAUGAAAAUUCAUCAGUUUCUCCAAACCAGUGAAUGUCAUCUUUUACAAUAUUGUGUGUAAGCAGUCCUUCCUUUUACUAAGAUUAUUUUGUCAUGAUAGCAUCUUGUGUUUUUGUUACUUUACUUGUGCUUAAAGGACAAUCUCCUAUCUCUCUGGUCAAGUCAUGGGACUGAGUAAAAGGAUUCAUGAGCAUAUGACUGGUGAGAAAUAAUUAUUUAUAGUUAGUACAUGUUAGAUUAUAUCCAGAUUCAGAGAAAAGUAGAUUCUUCCACUAAAGAGUACUUGGUUGCUAUUACUUAUAUACAGAUGGCAAUAGAUGGAGAUCUUAUCAUCUUUUUUCUGCUUUCCUUUUGUUUAUUUUAAAGAACUGAGUAAAGGUUUCGUCUAUAAAAUCUAUCUGUAAAAAGUAUUUGUAAUUUUUUUAUUUCAUUAAAAGGAAGGGCCUAGUUACUUUUUUGGGGAACGUAAUAACCUGCCUGGAAAUUAACUGUAGGGUUUACUUAGAUUUGUACCCUGAAAGAGUCCAGUUGUGUUUAUUUUUUAUUGGUGAUACAUGGUUAUACUGUUUGCAAGGAGAUCUCUUCCCUGAAAAAGCUGCCUAUCCUUUUAGAUAAAAAUUAGAGCUCCUAAACUAAGGCAGAUUUCACAUUCAUCAUUAGCAAUUGAACAAGCAAGCAGUCUACUACUGUCAUCAUUUUACAUGACUGUCCAUUUUGCUAGUCCACAUGCAUACCUUUCUGCCUUGAACAACUAUGAUUUUUAUAUUUAUUUGUUGCUUCAGCUCAGCUUUAUGAAAAUUUUCCUGCUGAAAUUACUCAGAGUUGUAGGUGGGUUGCAGUUAAUAUUUUUUAAAAUUCUUAUUUCAACUUUUAUGAGCCACUUGAAAAAGAAAGCUCUUUUGUCAAGAGGUGCUAUUAGUUAUGGUAAACACCAACUUUAGAUUUGGCUCUUAAGUUUUUCUUUGACUGCUAAAGAUGUUUUCACAUAUAUUAGAUUCUAGUUGAUAUAGUACUAGUUAUAAGGUUAACGAAGAAAAGGAAACUGCCACCACCAAGAAGAAAUAACACCUUUUAAUAAGAAAUAUGUUCCCAAUGAGUGGGUUUUCAAUACUGCACUGAACAAAGUGGGUAAAGAGCCCUUUGAAAUCCUGUUGUGAUAAAGGGACUUACCUCACCACUGGAAUCCUUGUUUUCAGAGCCUCUGAAUUUCCAGCCAAACACUGAAUUUCUCCUAAACUUUAUUCUGGAGCAGAACAUCCCUAGAAUAAUAACAUUUAUUUUCACAAGAAAAUAAGACACAAUAACCCAAGAGAGAGAACUUAAAAUAACUCUCCAGACAAUACUGUGUCCAAAAAUGUGUAUUUAGAAAAAUAAAAUCCUGUGGAGUUUAUCCUAAUGUACAUUAUAUACAAGAUAAGGUGACAUAUUCUUAUAUUUGAGGUUUCAUUAUUUCUAGUUGAGUCUUUUUGUGUUUAUUUUGUUGUGUUUUUAAUUUAAACUCUUAAGUAGAGCUCACAAGUCUUUGGCAUCCAUUCCAGGUUGUAUACUCAGAGUCAUCUUAUAACUGGAAACUGUCAGGUGGCCCCCUACCCCAACCCCAGCUGCUAUAUGAAAGGGUCAAGAAAAGAAUGGAAACAAACUAUUGGGUGGAUAAUUGGUAGCCUUUUUAAAAUUUUUUCACUUAAUUUUUUAAAAUCACCAUUUAUUAGUGUAAUCUUUCUUCAGUGAUUGGCUGCCAUUCUCACAAUAAUAUCCGACCACCCUGUAAAAUACUCCUCUGAUUCCAAAGCAUGUUAAGCUUUUGCAUCCUCUGUUAACUAAGACACUGUCCUGAGAGCUAUUUUUCCAGGUGGAUUGUUGCCUAAAUUUUCUUUAUUCCCUCUUUAUUCUUUCCCUUCUCACUUUUUGGGAACGAGAAGAACUUGGGGGGGAAAAGGAGUUCUUUUUAAAAUUUUUUCAUUUAUUGAUCCAUAGGUUUCAUUAUCUUUAUGAUCAAUCUAUGACUUUUUGGAACAAUAGAAGUGGAAAAAGUGAAUUAAAAUAAUGAACAAAACCUUUCACCCACUUAAACAUUUUCCAGUUGUGAGAUUCCUCGUCUUGUGUGUGGUCUCUUCUCCUUGUUAACCUUACCCUCUUACCCUUUUUCCCUGACUAUGGUCAAUCUGGUCUUUAGGCUCAUACCAGUCUCCCCGAGACAUUCUGCAGUCAUUAUCACCUUUUUGGGUGGAUUUUAUUUUGUUUUAUUUUGUUUUUGUUUUUUUAAAAUAACUUUUUAACAUUGAUGCAUAUUUGCUUGGGUUAGAGCUUGUGUAAUUUACCAAUCGUAUUGAUUGUAUGUGAUUGUGCCCUGCAGAGGUAUAUUUAACAAGACAGAAAUAAUCUAGGUUAAUAAAGGAGCCCAUGAGAUUUGAGUCAGAUUAUAAAUGACUUCAUAAAAUCACUUAAAGUUCUUAUAAACUAGUGCUAGACAAAACACCAUUUUUUUUUUUUUAAGUUUUCUCACAUUCCUUUGGUCCUUGUUCUUUAUUGCCUGCCUCCACCCACCGGUUCAGAAGUUAAAAUAUGGAGCCUUAAAGGGUCAGCUGAUUUUUGUAUUGCUAAAGUUUGUGAAAUUGUACUUUUUCCAAGUGUUUGCAACUUUUCUUUAAAAAGUGACCAUAAUGAAUUGGAAUUUCACAAGCUGCGAAUAAUUCUCCAGCACCUAGCAAACUGUGAAAUCUUCUUUGAAGACUAUCUCCUGAAAGUUAUUUUGAAAUAGGAAAAAAGAACCAUGUUUGAAAUAGACCAUUUUCUUCUCUUUUUAAAAAUCUAUUUAUAUUUCCAAUUUUUAAACAGCCUUCAAAAAAGUGAGGUGGGAAAAAAAAUAAUAGGAAGAUAUUUAGGACAGCAAAACUCUGAGUCUGAGUAAGUACAUAUUCUAAUUCUUAUAGGGCUUUGAGAGGAUGAGGGCCAUCUUUUUCAGUUUUGUAUUAUUAUCUGUGUGCAAGUUGGUUGUAUCUAAGAUGCCACAUUUUGUUAAAAUGGUGUUUAUUAGCUUGGAAACUGACUCAGCCUCAUGUUGCUCCAAAUUAGUGUUUAAGGCUCCCAUGAGUUGCAGAUAAAAGGAUUAUUUUAAUAAGUAGAAGGAGAUGAUUCGCCUUUUGGUUUGUAAAUAUAUAAAAGUGUCUAUAAGGUCUUUACUUUCUGUCAGCAUUUAUAUUAAAUGAUAAAUUAAUGAGAAA